AUGCCUCAGCAACCAAUGAAUCAAGCCUUUUCAUCACAACAGCCUAGGCCACAGCAACCAAUGAAUCAAGCUUCACCAGACAUGCCUAAUGAAUUACAAGCUGCAUUAUUGACUCUCACCAACACUCAAACUCAGUUCAUGACAGAGAUCAGAUCUUCUAUCAUAAAUCUUGAAACACAAGUGGGGCAGUUGGCUAAUAUGCUGAAUAAUAGACCACAAGGAAACUUUCCUAGCAACACUGAAGUUAAUCCUAAGAAGCAAGUUCAGGCAAUUACUCUGAGGAGUGGUAAAAAAACUGAGCAGUCUAGUGUACAACAAUCAGUGGUUCAGAAUGAAGGUUUGGGUGAAAAGUCUGAUACAACAGAGAAAAGGGUCACUAAAAAUCACAAGAUUACAGAGAAAGUUCCUCCAGUUGUUGUUGGCCAACCAACCCGAUUUCCAUAUCCUCUGAGGCUUAGAAAAACUACUCUUGAUAAAUGGUUUUCUAUGUUUUUAGAGGUGUUCAAAAAGCUGCAUAUCAAUAUUCCUUUUGUUGAGGCUUUGGAGCAGAAGCCCAAUUAUGUAAAAUUCAUGAAAGAGAUUCUGUCUAAGAAAAGAAAAAUGGAAGACUAUGAAACUGUGGCACUCACUGAAGAAUGCAGUGCAAUAUUGCAAAGGAAGUUGCCCCAAAAGUUGAGAGAUCUGGGGAGCUUUACUAUACCUUGCACAAUUGUAAAAUUUGAAUAUCGAUCGGUGAAGCAUUCAUGGGGUAUCAUUGAAGAUGUUCUUGUGAAGGUUGAUAAGUUUAUUUUUCCUGCUAAUUUUGUCGUUCUUGACAUGGAGGAGGGUACGAAUGUGCCUAUUACUCUUGGAAGACCAUUUUUAGCCACGGGCCAAGCUCUUAUUGAUGUUCAAUAG